GCUAUCGGUCCCACUCUCCUCCAGCACCAUCAUCACCACACCUCGCCAUGGCACACUCCUCGGACAUGAACACGGAUGCCUCCGUCACCUCGUCGCCCACCAUGAGCUCGCCGAGGAAGCACGAGGACCAUGACCAGUGGAGCGUCAACUUGGAGACGCCGCGCGGGUGGAAGUACAAGCGCUGGCUCGGACUGCCAUAUCCUGCCUCGCCACAGUUUCAGCUUGUCUUGGUGGCCUUCAUCUGUUUCCUCUGUCCAGGCAUGUUCAACGCUAUCAACGGUCUCGGCGGCGGUGGGCAGGACUUUGCCAAUUCAAAAGCCAGCUCCGAUGCCAAUAGCGCCGUGUACGCUACUUUCGCUGUUGUCGGCUUCUUCUCCGGCACGAUCACCAAUAUGCUUGGUGUGAAGUUUGCGCUUUCCUUUGGUGGGAUUGGAUAUUCGGUCUAUGUCUCGGCGUAUCUCUGCUACAACCACACCAAAAACUACGGAUAUAUUGUCUUUGCUGGCUUCCUUCUUGGUUGCUGCGCUGGUAUUUUGUGGAGUGCACAGGGACAAAUCAUGAUGUCGUACCCGAACGAAGCAACCAAAGGACGCUACAUCUCCAUCUUCUGGAUCAUCUUCAACUUUGGUAGUGUCAUUGGAAGCUUGAUCCCUCUCGCGCAAAACAUCAACCGCGAGCCCACGACCCGCGUCAACGACUACACCUACAUCGCCUUUCUAAUCCUCACCCUCUUCGGCGCUAUCCUUGCCUGGACCCUCGUCGACGCCCGCCACGUUAUUCGCCCCGACGGAACCCGCAUCAUCCUGAUGAAGAACCCGACCUGGAAAUCCGAACUCCUCGGUCUUUGGGAGACCAUCUUCACCGACCCGUACAUCCUCUGCUUGUUUCCCAUGUUCUUCGCUUCGAACUGGUUUUACACUUAUCAAUUCAACGCCGUCAAUCUCGCGCGGUUCAACAUCCGAACGAGAAGCUUGAACAACACCGUCUACUGGAUCGCACAGAUCUUCGGCGCGAGUGUGUUCGGUUUCGCCUUGGACAUCGCUCGCCUGCGACGCACGACGAGAGCGAUGUUGGCGUGGGCGGUGCUGAUGGUAUUGACCAUGGCGAUCUGGGGCGGCGGGUACGCUUUCCAGAAGGGUUUCACGAGGCACGACGUCAACAAUGGCACGCCGGCGGAUAAGUCCGACGACUUUGUGGGUAUGGACUGGGAAGACGACGGGUAUUUGGGCCCGAUGUUCUUGUACAUUUUCUACGGGUUUUAUGAUGCGAGUUGGCAGACUUGUGUUUAUUGGUUCAUGGGCGCCAUGACCAACAACGGCCGCAAACUGGCCAAUUUCGCGGGGUUUUACAAGGGUAUUCAAUCGGCUGGCGCCGCCAUCAUCUGGGCGUUGGACUCCAAGGGCGUGCCGUACAUGCAUCUCUUCGUGUCGACUUGGGUGUUACUGGCGGGAAGUCUGAUUGUUGCGGCGCCGGUGAUGGUGUGGAAGAUCAAGGACACGGUGGCGCUGGAGGAGGAUUUGAGGUUCACGGAUGGAGCGACGGAGGAUGUUAUGCCGAGCCGGCUGUCGACGAACCAUCCCCGCCAGUCUGUGUGA